AUGCCCACCGGCUACAGCCUGGCUGCGAGCUACUACUGCCUCAAUGCGAGCGGCGAGGUUGCCGACGUGGCCACUCCGGAGCCCCAGGAGCAGACGUCGACUGAGAUUAUUGACAAGGCCCCUGAUUCUGAGCAAGUUUCUGGCGAUACAGUGCAAGUGCCGCGUAUGCGUCUGAGUGAACUCAACUGGAAGAACCGCACGCGGUUCCUGGAGAUGAUGCAGCGCCACUCGUUCGUGGUGCUGACGGACCUGGGCGAGACGCUGGAGCAGACGCACGACCAAGUGCUGCAGGACUUCGAGAUGUUCUUUACGAGCGAAGACGAGGACUGGAAGAACGGAUGCACCAGCAAGCACAUUUACCGGAAUGAGCAGGGUAAGCCGUUCUGGUACUGCGGCUACGAACACACCAGCGUGCGUGACUGUUUCCGCGUGGCUUGUGGGGAUAUGUCGCGACUGGUGUGGCCUUCUCCCGAAUUCAAGGACCACUGGCUCUCGCUGCAGCGGCGUAUGCAGCGCAUUUGCGACCGCGCGCUGAGCCUCACUAUGGGCUACGACAUCGAACCGAGCCACAAACGCUCGGAUAAGGACUUCUCCGUUUGCUACGGCCUGCACUACCCGAACAUCAAAGGCAGUGGCCAAUCCGAGACUGAGAAUGUGUUUGAGCACAUCGACCCCAGUUUGUAUGUGGUGGAACCUGUGCCCAGUGUCGAGGGAUUGGAUGUGUACGACCCGCACUCGAAGCAGUGGCUCAAGGCGGAGAAGGUGUGCGUCCCGGGUAAAGAGAUUGUGCUCUUCUGUGGACACGCCCUGAAUCGAGCUACAGAAGGCCGUAUUCCAGGAACCCUGCACCGUGUUCGACGCACCCCCGACAAAAGGUUCUGCAUCAUCUACGAACAGAAAUACGAAGAAUACUUCCUUUGA